GCCGUUCUUUGUGUAUGAAAUUGAUGAGUUUGCGCGGAGUGGAAAAAUUUCAGAAGGGAAAGGGAGUUUAGAAAUGGCCGCGGUUAGUAGUGGUCGGAGUGAAAUGAUGGAUCCCCAAAACGAAUCGCAGAUUGGGGUAGUGGAUCGUUUGAAAAGACUGUAUCCAGCAGUGAACGAGGAGAAAACGCCAUUACCUCGUUCCUGGAGUCCUAAAGAAAAAUACAGCUAUAUCGGUUUGUCACAGAGCAAUUUACGUGUUCACUAUAAAGGACAUGGAAAAACACAUAGGGACGCGGCAAGUGUACAAGCGACUCAUCCAAUUCCUGCUGCUUGUGGUCUUUAUUACUUCGAAGUAAAAAUUGUAAGCAAAGGUCGCGAUGGUUACAUGGGAAUUGGUUUGUCUGCACAAGGUGUUAAUAUGAAUAGAUUGCCAGGUUGGGACAAACAGUCUUAUGGUUAUCACGGGGACGACGGUAAUUCGUUUUGCUCAUCUGGAACCGGCCAAACUUACGGACCGACGUUCACAACCGGCGAUGUGAUCGGCUGUGGCGUAAAUUUAAUCGAUAACACGUGCUUCUACACGAAAAACGGCCAUCAUCUUGGUACUGCCUUUAGAGAUCUACCUCCUAACCUAUACCCUACAGUUGGUCUACAGACUCCUGGUGAAGUCGUGGACGCAAACUUUGGCCAAGAGCCGUUUGUUUUUGAUAUAGAAGAUAUGAUGAAAGAAUUACGAUUCCGAACUAGGACGGAAAUUUUAGAUUUUCCUGUUCCAGAAAGCCAAGGCGAAUGGCAAGCCAUUCUAAACAAAAUGGUCUCGACUUAUUUAGUACAUCACGGUUAUUACAACACAGCGGAGGCGUUCGCCCACAUAACCGAUCAACCCUUUAACGAAGACGUGAUGUCUAUAAAAAAUCGACAAAAAAUUUUAAAAUUAGUAUUAGCUGGAAGAAUGGGAGCGGCAAUAGACAAAACCUGCAGGCUGUACCCCGGUCUGCUGGAGAACAAUCAGAACCUGUUGUUCAUGCUCAAGUGUCGCCAGUUCGUCGAGAUGGUGAACGGGUCCGACUUGGAGGAGGUAUGCCAUAAGAAGAGUAUAGGCGGAUAUUCGCCGUCAUACACCACUUCGCCCAGACCCAACAGUCCUAUCCAAACGUCCGUCAUACAGUCCACGAAGAGUUUCAGUAAAAUAAGUGCGGAUAGCAAUAAAGGUAAACAGAACGUGGAGGAAAUGAAUCAGAAUAACACGCAACACAACGGCAACUCGAACGAGGUCCCUCCAAUCAUCCAGCAGCCGGAAGACAGCGACAUAGAAAUGGAGACGCAGGACGACGUUCAUAACGGACACGGUGACUCUUGCAACGGGAAGAAUAGCAACGGCUACCAAAACGGCAACAGUCACAACCCGACUGAACUUCCACAGGAAAUCAGUAUCUGUGAUAAUGAAGACGAAGACAUGGUUUAUAUGUACGUUACAGAUGUAGAUGUUGUGCCAGUCAGUAGGAAAAACUAUGCAAAACCCGCCGUAGAACGAAUAUUAGAAUUCGGUAGAGAAUUAUACAGUAUGAGCCAGAGGCUGAACGUCGACAAAAUCUCAAGUGAACAUAAUCAAAAAAUGCUAGAGGAUGCAUUUAGUUUAUUAGCCUAUUCGAAUCCGUGGUCGAGUCCUGUUGGCUGGCAGCUCAACCCAUCUCAAAGAGAAAACGUGUGUGCUUCCCUUAAUUCUGCAAUUUUAGAGUCAAAUAAUAAGCCGAGAAGACCUCCGCUGGAAAUAGCAAUGGCCCACGCGCAAGAGUUGAUACACCUGAUGUCGACCAGUGGGUUGGGAUCGUGUGCCUUCGCCUCGGUAGUCGACCUGCUGGAUCAGUGACGUCAUCAGCAAAUGCCCCUACUAAUAUCACUACUCAUGAUGCACUGACUGCCAUACUCUGCGCUGCGUAUUUUCUACAUCAAGAGGAACUCAAAAACAUCUCAACAACAACAACAAAAAAUAUAUUAAAAAAACGAAAAAAUCGGUUCAAUUCAAAUACGUCGGGGGAUGGUGAAUAAAACGCGUCCCACGACGUCAGUCUUCUUGAUUGCGUGUUUAAAACUGGUUAACAAGAGAUUAUUCUCGGUAUGGUAUGGGAGAGAAUUAAUGUGGAGCGAGGAAACACGGGCUGCUUCAGACCGGAUUCACAAAUGGUUUACCGUUCGCUUGUAACCUACACCUUCUGUAUUCCACUCGAUUUGCUAGUACGUGUUUACACCAUACAUGUUCAACCCAAAGCCAAAGAGUAUAUGAUUAAGAAACACUAAACUAAUCGAAUCUUAAAUAGACUUAACAGGCCACACAAUUGCUCGACAUUAGUUCUGUGCCGCUGCCGCAUGAAGGCGCCGCUAUUGUGACUUCCGCCCUCAUGUACACUAAGUAAAAAUAAUAGUAUUUGAAUCAUAUUUUAAAUAUCGUUGUGGAAUGAAUACUGCUUUAUUAAUUAAUUAUUUUAAUCACAUUUAGGGUUUACAAUCAAAUUUUUGUCAAAUAUUUUCUUUUAACCAGCAGUACUUACACGAAUAUUAUAUAAUAAUACUAAUAUUUGUUAUAUGAUAUUUAGUAAAAUACUUCAAUAUUUCUUAAUAUGAUUGUGUUAGUAUUUGUGCUUAGUGGACACAGUUAUUGUGGAAUGAGUUUAUCAUCUAGAGACAAGUUUUGUUAUCGAGAAGGAUAGUUAGUGGCUUACGACUUUGAAAUUGUAGUAAAUCGGAUAAGAUUUAAAAUAGCGAUAAGAUUAAUAUUUUCAGUAAUUACUGUAUAUAUAUGACCAAAAAUAGAUUGUGAAAAUUAACCUCUUAUGUAAUGGUAUUUUUUUAUUGUAAAGUUCUACUUAUAGCGUAUCAUUUUUAUUGAAAUAUAAAUAUUUAUUGUUUUAUUAAGUUUUAAGCGACAUUUGUUUAUCAAGUAAUAUAAAGCAUCUAAUUGCAAAGUAAGUUACUUUUUGAAUUUUAACAUUUUUUAAAUCUUUCCCAUAAUCUCUAUGUUACAGUUGAAGACAACUUAUUUUGCAACACCAAUAUCACUGAAAUAUCGUGUAUUUGUAAUUGAACAGACCAGAAUAUCUAUUCUACGAAAAAGUUAACUUUUGUGAUAGAAUAUUGUUGGGGGAGUCAAGUGUACUUUUAGUGCUUUGUUACCUUUGAUUUUAUAUUAGUUGAUGAUGACUGAUGACUAUAUAAAUUCAAACUCAACAAAUGUAGCCAUCUCGAUUGUUUAUUUUUACUAUUUUCGGGCGUUAAAAUAACAAAUUAUAAAUUAAUGAUUUCAGGUGUUUUUUUUUGUUUGAUGUAGACCUACCAUUUUAGUAUAGUUAUUUGUAAAUAAGUUAUACAUAUGUUAUGAUUUAAACAAUAAACUAAUAAUUAUA